AUGGUUUCCGACGGAGAAGUUCCUUCGUUUCCUACCAAGUCGUCAUCAGAAGCGGAUCUCAACAACACUUCAGCAUCGACGAACGGACAUCGCCACAUGGACCACGAUGCGGCCUUUGAGCAGUUCGCUGCUCGGAUUGAACUGAACACAGACUAUGCGUAUACGCCACGCAAGCUAAGGGUCAUUACGAUUGGAGCUGGUUUCUCUGGCCUUUUGAUCGCCCACAAGUUUCAACACCGGUUCCCAGAGCUUAGGGACCUUGUUGAUCACACGAUUUUCGAGGCGCGAAGUGAUGUCGGUGGGACUUGGCUCGUCAAUGACUAUCCUGGCGUACAAUGCGACGUCCCAGCUCACAUUUAUGCUUUCCCAUUCGAUCCAAACCCAAACUGGUCGCGAUUCUAUGCCAGUGGACCUGAGAUCGAGGACCACAUCAAACGAACUGCACGGAAAUGGAAUCUUGAUCGUGAUGUAAAGCUCAACACCAAGGUCGUCGCUGCAGUUUGGCAGGAAGACCAAGGUCAGUGGAAAGUCACGGUCGAGGAAGUCACCUCCGGCGCACAACGAGAAGAAAUCUGCGAUAUUCUUAUUUCCAGCCAAGGAGUAUUGACCCAUCCAGCAUGGCCAAAGAUUCCAGGGUUGGAUCGUUUCAAGGGGAAUCUUGUACAUUCGGCUCGAUGGGACCACAGCCUUGACUACUCGAACAAGCGAAUCGCAGUGAUUGGCAAUGGAUCCUCAGGCAUUCAGAUUGUCCCGUCCAUGGUCAAACUACCUGGUACGACUGUUCGUAACUUCGUUCGAGGACCUGCGUGGGUUUACUACCGAUUACCUCCGUCGAAGCACAUGGGUAGGGAAGUCGACGAUGAUAACAACCCAGCAUAUCUCGACGAGGAGAAGGAGCGUUUUGCGGAUCCUGAGGAGCAUCGCCAGUAUCGAAAGGGCAUCAUCGACCGGACCAAUCGAGCAUUCCGUUUGUUCAUCAAAGGCGAAGUCAACCGAGAAGUGAUGGAGCGUGCAAGAACUCAAAUGGCAGAAAAGCUCAAUCACGAUCCCGACCUCUGCGAGAUGUUGAUUCCAAAGUGGGAACUCGGCUGCCGUCGCGUGACCCCUGGACCAGGCUAUCUCGACUCAUUCACCAAACCGAAUUGCUCGCUCACCAACAGCCCUAUCACUCAAGUCACCGAAAAAGGCGUGGUAAUGGCAGAUGGCAAGGAGUUCGAGUGCGACAUUGUCGUCUGUGCAACUGGCUUUGACGUCUCCCAUCGACCACAGUACCCCAUCAUUGGACAGAAGAACGUUGAUCUUCGAGACAAGUGGAAGGCUGACCCCCUUUCAUAUCUUUCUGUCGGCACGGAUGGCUUCCCCAACUACUUCAUUAUGAUGGGACCAAACUGCCUAGGCGGACACGGUAGUCUGGUGGAGUCUUUGAACUGGACUGGAGAUUACUUUGCCCGCUGGAUCAAGAAGAUGUCAAACGAGGAUAUCAAAUAUAUCGUACCCAAGAGCUCUGCAGUGCAAGCGUUCAACCGCUACUGCGACGAAGUCCAUAAGACGCUAGUGUGGACGGGUUCUUGCACGAGCUGGUACAAACGAGGCUCCGUCGACGGACGAGUGACAGCUCUCUUCGGCGGCAGUGCCGUACUCUUCCAUCGCAUGAUCCACGAAAUCCGAGCAGAAGACUUCGACAUCAGCUAUCGAAGCGGCAAUAUGUUCAACUUCAUGGGCAAUGGAUUUACGGAGUGGGAGAUGAAGCCGGACAGUGAUUUGUCUUGGUAUGUGGAGUCUAUAGAGGACGGAAAGGGGAAGGAGAAGAAGAUACCCAUUGGGAACGGCGUGAAUAACGAGGAUAAUAUGAUUAUGUAG